UGAUCGGGGUGUCCUUAAGAAAAGGCACCUGGCCCCUCAUGUGAGCAUUAAGCCACUGCGGUAACAUGCUGUGCAGUUAAAUUGAGAGUACAGCCCCCGUCUCUUAUCUCCGCUUUUAACGAGGAAUACGCCUUUCCUGGGUGGGCACUGCGCGUCCUUCAUCGCGUCGCGUACAAGAACAACUCGCAACUGAGUUGUUCAGUUAAUUAAAUAGAUCUGCAAGAACAUCUAAUUUUUCCACUGGACGUGUUCUCAGCUAAGUAGGAGAAUGCGGUGAACGGCACUGACAGCGAUGGAAGUCCACGGAUAUGAUUCAUAUAAUUAAAAAGAGAGAAUAAGGAUUCGAAACGGAUUCAUAAAUAGUGCAGUUAAAGCAAUACAAGCAGAUCACUGUAUUGACCCUCCAAGUCACAAGAGCUCUGCCAACGAAAUUAACUGAAGUGAAUGACGAUUGCGAUAAGAUCUCUGGAACGAUUUGGAGAAGCUCACAGGAGCUGGAGUGCGUUUGCUUUCUGCCGCACCAUCAGUCAGUUCAGCACACGUCCUCAGACACCAUGCUGCUGAAGGAGUACAGAAUCUGCAUGCCUCUCAGUGUGGAGGAGUACAGGAUAGGGCAGCUGUAUACCAUAAGCAAGCACAGUCACGAGGAGAGCCACACAGGGGAGGGGGUGGAGGUGGUGUGCAACAAACCGCACAUGGACCCAGUUCAUGGCGAAGGGCAGUUUACGGAGAAGAGGGUCCAUCUAUCCAGUAAGCUUCCCAGUUGGGCCUAUGCUGUAGUGCCUCGCCUUUUUUACAUCACAGAAAAGGCUUGGAAUUACUAUCCAUAUACAAUUACUGAGUACACAUGCUCCUUUUUGCCGAAGUUUUCGAUACACAUAGAGACAAAAUAUGAAGACAACUGCGGAACUAAUGAAAAUAUUUUUGUCUUGGAGAAAAAUGCCUUUGACACAGAGGUGUGCUUCUUGGACAUAGCCCAUGACGACAUCCCAGAAAGGCAUUACAGAAUCUCAGAGGACCCCGGGAUUUUUUCGUCGACUAAAACGGGCCGGGGUCCACUAAAGAAAGGCUGGAGGGAGAACGACAACCCCGUGAUGUGCUCUUACAAACUCGUUGCAGUCAAGUUUGAGGUUUGGGGCCUUCAGACGAGGGUUGAACAGUUUGUUCAUAAGGUAAUCAGGGAUAUUUUGCUGGUUGGACAUCGGCAAGCCUUUACAUGGGUGGAUGAGUGGUAUGAUAUGUCCAUGGAGGAGGUGCGAGAGUUUGAGCGGAGAAUUCAGAGAGCCACCAAUGAGAAGAUUGGCUUGCUGACCCCCACCAUCUCCACGCAAAUAGUUCCACCCAUGGUAGGUAUGCACUGUAGCGCCUCCAGCGGCCCCUCCACUCCUGUCAAUGCAGACUCUCCGGAAUUCCUAAGUUUGCCCAAAGAUCGGCCACGGAAGACCUCAGCACCUGACACUCUGACUCUUCCAGAACUAAAGGAAGCCGCCAAUUGACUGCUUCAGAAAUAUAUAAGCCUGCACUUUCCACUUAUUCUUUUUCAAAGGACUCAUUAUCUUAUCAAGCUUAUGUCAUUACCAGGGCUGUUGUUAGGCCUAUUUUAAGGGGGCUUUAGUUCCCCUAAAAUGUUUUUUAGCCCCUACUGUACCUGCAAAUAAAUGUGUAUUUAUUGGCUUAAGUCAUGAAUAGUUUGCCAUCAGCCCUCCCUAGUAAUGACUGAGCCCCCCUAUCCAUUCAUCUCUAUCUACUUACUUACUGCCAUGGAUCUGAUUUGCUUUAAUGUUCUGAAAACCCUGCAGCGCAACUCUGGGAGAAGAUGAAAAGGACAAUGAGGAAUCAUUUUGUUUUUAUUUUCAAACGACAUUUUAUUUAAUGUAUAAUGUUGGCUGUUACAAAUAUUUGAAGUGGACAGAAUAGUAUGAGGAUUGGGGUCUGGGCAUUCUAGAGAACCCUUGCAAUAUUGUAACCUGAACACUAAAGAUGGACACUUCAUCUCAUUUAAUCAAGGGAAAAAUAUAUCUAUUAAACUGGGGGAUACUUUGUUCUGCUUUAAAAAUCCUAUUUGUAUAUGCGAUACAGAAUACAGAAAAUAAAUGUUAUUUUAAGCUGUCUUUAGGAAUUAGAAAAUCUUGAUAUUUUCUUCAUACAGGUAGGUAGCGCAAUUGGAACACUGAAAAUGAAAGAUAAGCAAAUCCCUUUGCUAAUGGAUUUGAAUAUGAAAAAUGCAACAUUUUGCCUUUUUUAGCUGAUUCUCUUAUGGUUAUGUUGCCAAGAUUCGUAAUAGUCUAGUAAAAGUAAUUAUAUACAGUACUUUUUUAUAGAUAUGGUAACAUUUUUAUCUAUUUAACAUGGUAUUCAUAUUUAUGAAAUUGUACUACGAUAUUUAGGUUGAUCACAUGUAGCUCUGCUGAUAUUCUUUCACAAACAAACACUUAAGUAGAAUUACAUGGAAAUGUCAUUAAUUAUAUCUUAGCUAAGGUAAAGUUUACAUAGUUUUCAGAGACCAUUUGACUGCCUGACAUAUUUUUGGGAGAAAGACAAAAUUAAGCUAGGUGUCUAAUUAGAGUUUUCCACUUUGAAACUAAUUCAAAUAUUUAGAAGGGUUCUUAAGCUAAGAGAUUUGUAUUAGGUUUAUCAUAUGAAUGAUAUCUCAAAUGUCUGAGUUUGUGUUAUUUUAAUAUGUAAAAAUAUAUUGGUAUCACUGCUAA